GAGGGGGGGAGGCCUGUCAGUCUCGUGCGUUGCCUGGGCGAAGGGGGCGGAGCUUUGGCGUGGGGCGGCCAAUAGUGGGGGUGGCUGCGUGGGUCGCCAUGGGGACGGGGCUGUUCCCGGGGAGGCUGUGAUGGGUUGACAGGUGCGUGACAGUGGGAGCUGCUCUCGGCACAAGCAUGUACGGCAAAGGCAAGAGUAACAGCAGCGCCGUCCCGUCCGACAGCCAGGCCCGGGAGAAGUUAGCACUCUACGUAUAUGAGUAUCUGCUCCAUGUAGGAGCUCAGAAAUCGGCCCAAACAUUUUUAUCAGAGAUAAGAUGGGAAAAGAACAUCACGUUGGGGGAGCCACCAGGAUUCUUACAUUCUUGGUGGUGUGUAUUUUGGGAUCUCUACUGUGCAGCUCCAGAAAGACGGGAAACAUGUGAACAUUCAAGUGAAGCAAAAGCCUUCCAUGAUUACAGUGCUGCAGCAGCUCCCAGUCCAGUGCUAGGAAACAUUCCCCCAGGAGAUGGCAUGCCAGUAGGCCCUGUACCACCAGGGUUCUUUCAGCCUUUUAUGUCACCUCGAUACCCUGGAGGUCCAAGGCCCCCGUUGAGGAUACCUAACCAGGCACUUGGAGGUGUCCCAGGAAGUCAGCCAUUACUUCCCAGUGGAAUGGACCCAACUCGACAACAAGGUCAUCCAAAUAUGGGUGGGCCAAUGCAGAGAAUGACUCCUCCAAGAGGAAUGGUGCCCUUAGGACCACAGUCUGACCCUUGGUUAUCAUUACAGAACUAUGGAGGUGCAAUGAGACCCCCACUGAAUGCUUUAGGUGGCCCCGGAAUGCCUGGAAUGAACAUGGGCCCAGGUGGUGGUAGACCUUGGCCAAACCCGACAAAUGCCAAUUCAAUACCAUACUCCUCAGCGUCUCCUGGGAAUUAUGUAGGUCCUCCUGGAGGUGGAGGGCCACCAGGAACACCCAUCAUGCCUAGUCCAGCAGAUUCAACCAACUCUGGAGACAACAUGUAUACUUUAAUGAAUGCAGUACCUCCAGGACCUAACAGGCCUAAUUUUCCAAUGGGCCCUGGGUCAGAUGGCCCUAUGGGUGGAUUAGGAGGAAUGGAGUCACAUCACAUGAAUGGCUCUUUAGGCUCAGGAGAUAUGGACAGUAUUUCCAAGAAUUCUCCCAAUAAUAUGAGCCUGAGUAAUCAGCCGGGCACUCCAAGGGAUGAUGGCGAAAUGGGGGGAAAUUUCUUAAAUCCUUUUCAGAGUGAGAGUUACUCCCCUAGCAUGACAAUGAGUGUGUGAUCCAUUACCAAGUCUCCUCAUGGAAACCACAGUGAGUCAGCCCUCCACAGAACUACUACGGAAGAAAAUUAUUCAUCACAGUGUACAGUUAAACAAAGGAAUCUCAGUCACACCAAACCAACCUUUUUAUUUCCUGCUCUCUCCCCUAUUUUGUGAAGAAAGCGGGUCCAAACGUGAUUCGAACAACUGUACGGAGCGGCACAUUAGAAUUGCCCUCAACUGAACUGCAAAUGAUUAUCUGUGUAUGUAUAUGUGUGGGAAAGAAAAUGUAUUGUAUGUGCGUAUGUUAUAUGGACACAUGCACAUACAUGCAUUGACCCACAGGACAUUGUAAAAUACUAUCACAUGACAUCUUAAGUAGAAAUGAGUAGGGACUUUUAUUCCAUCCUUUUUUUCACGUUUACAUUUUAAUUAUUAAAAGUUGCUCCUGCCCCUCCCUGAACUAUUUUGUGCUGUGUAUAUCACUGCUUUAUAUAAGUUAUUUUUUAAGGUGAACUCAGAUGUUAUGGUUUUGUAAAUGUCUGCAAUCAUGGAUAGGAAUAAAAUCGCUUAUUUGAGAGCUUUCAUUAAAUUCGCGUGUGAUGCAAGUUAUCCUGUGAAUGACAACAUGUACUAAGAAAAGAAGUGUGUCUUCAUCUUUAUGUCAAAUCAAACAAUUUCUCAGUAACCUUCAGUGAGUACUUUUGUACUUUUUAUGUAGGAAAAAACUUCAAAUCAACAGAAGCUUAGCUGGGCCUAACAAAGUAUAUUUCUGCAGUAACUGCUCUAGGUGGAAUUCUUGAUUUGGCUUAGAUGAUACAGAAAAUCAGUAAUUAGCCGCAGUUGCUUAAACCAUAGCAAUAAAGUGCCAGGGGUCAUCAUAUUUUUAGCAACACAUUUUCUCUGUAACACGAUAAAGCCCAGACGUAGUAACUAUUUGCUUGAAUUAGUCACUUGUCACCAGGAAUGCUAGAGCUCAGUUUUUUAAUAAGAUACUAAUGUGAAAUGGUGCCUCAUUUUUAUUCAGACUUCUUGUGAACAUUUUCACAUAGACACUGCAGAGAGAUACAUUCAAAUGAUUGAGGCUUUUAGCACAAGGGAGAAGGAAAAUUUUAAUCACACCCCAGGGGUUCUGGAGUGCCACUUCUCUACCCCUGUAUCUUACUAGUGGCAGAAUUGACGGUGUCCCUACUCACUGGCAGCAAAGCAGGUGCUGUGUUCCCAGGAUAUAGGACUUUUAUUAGAGGGAAAUUAUUGUAGUCAUUGACAUCAGUCAUAUGUAUCUACUUCGUAUAACUGUUCAGAAAACAUUAGAAAAAUUUAAACAAAACACUUCGCUUAUGAAAACACAUUGCUCUGUGGCCCUUUCCAGAUCUUGUGUGUUUCCUGUGUUCCAUCAUACAUGUAAACACCAAAGUUAUAAUAGAAAAAGUGUGAAGACCAGCUUUAGACUCUGAAAGCUAAGAUGCUGGUCCUUCCUGUUAAAAUUGUAAACAACUAUAUAUCCAAACUCAAGAGAUUUUGAAAAGCAUUGUUUAAUCUCAGGUAAGGGGCAUCCAUCUUUCUGGAGGCAAAUGGUCUCUAAAGUGACACUUUGGCAUUAUAUUUACUCAUCAUUGAUCCUAGAUGACUGACUUCUCUCAAAUCCACAAGGAUUUAUUCCUUCUGAAAAUAAAGAUUUUUGCCUGUGCAUGACAGGGCUGCUAGGCAGAACUGUUAAAAGGGGAAAAGGAAGUUGAAUUAAAAUUUAUGUUCCAGAUUUAAACUAAUCAAACUAGUUGCCAUUAAUCACACAUUGUGCAGGGGCUAGGACUGCACACUGGAGAGCAGCUUCAGGCUCUCAAGCUGCAGACAGGCUUUCAUGAAAAAUUCAGACCACGAGGUCUGUAACUCAAGCCAGGGUAGCCUGGAGAUGACACCUUGUACAGACACGUGAAUUUUCCAAGGAUAAUUUUAAUUUUCACUUUGUGAUAGUUGUGUGAACACUGACGGUCUUGUGAUAAGCUUAAUCUUAUAAUGCUAGAAUUUUGAAAACUUUUGUUGACUCUUUUCUCCAUUGUUACUGAUCUUGAAUUUCUUUUAUUUGCCUUCUAAGAAGGUAUUGUUUCUUAUUAUCAAAGAAUCGUGAGCAUGAUUUUACUUGCUCUCAUUUGGGGGGUAAUAUUGGAAUGUGGAUGGCAAUAUGGGUCCCGUUAUUUCUAGCCUAUUUGGUUAAAAAAAAAAGUAAAAA